UUUCCUUAAAAUCAUCAGUUUUUUUGAUUUCCCAGAGGAUGCUACUGUCAUGGAUUACUAUAAAACAGAGCCUGGAGGACUUUGGAUGUCUUGUUCUUGACGUUUUCACCACCGGGAAAAGGGAUGGCGUUAAGAGAACCACCAUCCUCCUCCUCAGCUGUAGUGUUUCUGGCCUCCUGCUCAGCUCCCUGCUCCUCCUCUACCUCCUCUACAGCCUGGACUACGAGGCGGCGGUGGCAGGAGGCAUCACCGGCUGUGUUGGAACUCUAUUAACCGUAGCUCUCUUCCAGUCAAAGAAGGUGAGGUGUUUAGGGACUCUGUUCGUCAUCUCUAUUUUCAUGAAGAAGAGUCGGAAUCUGCUCCUGACCGCAGGGACCAGCCUGGUGGUUCUCCGAAACAUCCGCAACACCUUGGAGAACCUCACCGAUCUGGUCAGGAGCAUGAUUUGCAACCUGAAGGCCAAGAAAGCAGCCAUCAGCGCACCUUUUAGUAACUACGUCAAGAUGCUUAAAUGGCUCGGAGACGUUCUCAGAGGGGUGACGGACCUCGGGGUGGUCAACCUCGACUCCCAGCUCAAGAUUUCCCCCAAAGUGGAGUCUGAAAAAUUCCGGGAGAGACUGAUCGAAGCAGAGCGGACGCUGAACGAGACGGUGACGUACGCCCAGGUGCUCAUGAACACCGUCUCCUCAGUGAUGGAUAAGAUGUUUCCCGCCGUCAGCUUCCUCCUCCUCAUGAUGUUCAUAAUACUGCAGGUCAGGAGAUACUGCAACGAUAUGAAGUACAAAAACAGGUUCAUCACCAGGAGAUUCAUCUGUUUGGAUGAGAAGCUGAAGGCUGAAGGGAAACCUCAUGUCCUGCCUCUGACAGUGGAGGAGGAGAAACUGUACCUCCAUCUGCCCUCGGCUCGUCCAACUAGGCGAGAGGGAAAAGCCGCUGUGAAAUUUGGCCUCCCUGUCAUCUCCCAUUUUAUACUUUGGGUCAUAUUUAUCACAGUGGACGCUUUAUUGUAUGUAUUUGUUGAUAUUAUAACAAGAAGGUUAUCAGAGAUGGAGCCAUUUCACGUCCCCUUGUUAAUGAGCAUAAAGGGGAUUGCGUCUUUAAUAGGUAUACAAAUCGCAGAGGAAAACCAUCACAAAGACUUCUCCUAUUCUGUGACUCUGUUUGAGGAGCAGUGUCUUCCUAAACCCAAGCUGCUUCUGUCCAGCUCCGUGGUUCCGUUAGCCGCCAUCCUGUUCACGCUGCUCAUCAUGGCUGCGAUGGCGUCCAAAGCGUCCCAGCUCAGACUGAUGGUGUGUGAAAGGUUCUACACCACGGCUGCAGACGAGAGGGCGGAGUGUCUGCACGCUAAAAUCCUCAGGAAAAGAAGAAAAAGGAGGAAGGAAGAAACCGGCGAUAGCAGCCUAAGAUCAGUUUUUUUAAAGCCUCAUUUCUGGUGUCCACUUCUCUUCAGACUCAAAGAGGAUCCGAAAAAUUUAAAUCCAUUAAAAGCUUCUCAUCUGCACAUACCGAUACCAUUACACACCAUGCCUUCCACCGUCAGCGACAAGAGGAAGGAAGUGGUUCAGCUCAAGCAUGAGUAG